UGCGCCGGUCGUGCGGGCGCGCUCGCCAUGGGCACGGUGCCGUCGGCGCUGAAGCAGUGCCUGAGCCACCAGCACCUCCUCAGGGAGCCGCUCUGGAUCGGGGAGCCGCCCGCGGCCGCGCACGCCGCGCAGGAACCUCAAGCAUCUGGACUGCCUGAGUACAUAAAGAUUGUAGAAGUUGGGCCAAGGGAUGGAUUACAAAAUGAAAAGGUGAUAGUCCCAACUGAUAUAAAAAUUGAGUUAAUCAACCGGCUUUCCAAAACGGGCCUGCCUGUAGUAGAAGUGACCAGUUUUGUUUCAUCCAAAUGGGUGCCUCAGAUGGCAGAUCACAAAGAAGUAAUGAGGGGCAUUGAGCGGCAUCCUGGAGUCCAGUAUCCGGUCCUCACGCCUAAUCUUCAAGGUUUUCAUUCUGCUAUUGCAGCAGGAGCUACAGAAGUCUCAGUAUUUGGCGCAGCAUCUGAAUCUUUUAGCAAAAUGAAUAUUAAUUGUUCAAUUGAAGAAAGCAUAGAAAAGUUUGAAGAAGUUGCUAAAUCUGCAAGGAAUAUGAAUAUUCCAGUGCGUGGGUAUGUGUCGUGUGCACUGGGAUGCCCAUAUGAAGGAAACAUCACACCAGCUAAAGUGGCAGAAGUAUCUAAGCGCCUGUACAGUAUGGGCUGUUAUGAAAUCUCUCUGGGAGAUACAAUUGGUGUGGGGACUCCUGGAAGUAUGAAAAAAAUGUUGGAAGCUGUUAUGAAAGAAAUUCCUCUGAGCGCUCUUGCUGUUCACUGUCAUGACACGUAUGGGCAGGCGUUAGCCAAUAUCCUCACAGCCAUACAGAUGGGAGUUUCUGUAGUGGAUUCAUCUGUUUCAGGACUUGGUGGUUGUCCCUAUGCAAAAGGUGCUACUGGAAAUGUAGCCACAGAGGAUGUGAUAUACAUGCUUAAUGGUCUGGGAAUCAAUACAGGAGUAAAUCUUUAUGCAGUGAUGGAAGCUGGAAAUUUCAUCUGCACAGCUUUGAACAAGAAAACAAACUCAAAGGUUGCACAAGCUUCCUUCAGUACUGGGACUGUCAAUUAAAUGGAUUUUUUUUUUUGCAGCUUGAUCACAUUCUUCAUCUACUUUGACCAAGGACAUUUGUAUCAGGAAAGCAAACAUAAGAAAACCACUUCAGCAAAGAACAAAAUAGAAUAUAUAAUUUUUUUAUUAUGGGAAGAAUUAUUGUACUGUACUGUCUUGUUAAGAAUUGUCUGAUUUGUAAGUAAGAAAUAAAUGACUGUAGUAGAGAACCACAUGCUUGGUUCUUCUACAGAGAAAAAAAAUGAAUUUUUAGUUCUUUUCAGGAAAACUGGAUAGAAACAGUGAAUACAUAGUUAAUUUUUAAUCAAGAUGACUUUCAGAACAGUACAAAUAUUUGCAGUAGUUUAUGAGAUCCCAUGCUGUGUGUGGCCAUUCUAUUGUGUUUUAUUUAUCUGAAUCUUUACUUUUCAUUUGUCAAGUUACUUGUGUUAUGAACAUGGAGACAAAUCUGAAUUCACCAUAAGAAUUUUUUAGCAAUAGAACUUUUUUUAAUUUUGUUUUGUUUAACAUCUGUGAAAUUAUAGAUAACUUUAGUUUGUUCCAAGACAUUGUGGUGCGUGGCAGUCUGCCAGAUCCUUCAAAUAUAAUGCAAAUUUACUUAUUUGUUAUGUAUGUUAAAUUUGUUGUAGUUGCCUUUUCUCGUCAAAUUAUUAAAACCUAAUUAUAUGAAGCAAACAAAAAUUGUCAAGCUCUUCAACAUCAUUCAGGUUCAUAGUAGUAGAAGGGGUGAAAUUUCAUCCAAGGUCUCAUCAAACAAUUCGAUUUUUCAUUCUAUAGGCUAUGAAUUGAUAUUCUCCCUCAUCAGUCAUGAGCCUUUUAGGAUAACAGAAUUCUGCUGCACUAGCUUACACAAAAGGAACCACUUAUAAUUUUUUUUUUUUGUGCUCUACUGAUAGUGAUACUUUGUGAGCAUCUUGAUUUGCUUGACCUACCCUGGAUGCAUGUUUGGAUCACCACAAAAAAAGCUCUGUCCUCUUUUUCCCACGUUUCAGCUGGGGCUUUGUUAUUUAGCAGACACUAUGGCUCAUAUAUCAAAACAUGAACUUAAAUAAAACCAGGUUUUGAACCAUUCACAGAUUUUAAAAUUCUGUAAUGGAUUAAAUCCAAUGAAGUGAGGAAUCUGCAGCAGUAUUUAGGCUGUACUUAGACUAAUAAUUAGUAGUUAAGCCUAAACUUUGUGCCAGAAUUGACAUCCUAAAUACUCCCUAAUUUAAGUGCCAUUUACCCCUGAAGGUGACUAACCACACUGUAAUAUCUUCCCAUUUAACAAUAAGUUUUCCUCUUAGUUUUCUCUGUGGAGGCAUGGAAUUGGCUCAUUUUGAGCUGAAGUAUGCAGUUCUCAUGUAGGGCCUGAUGAAUUUUCUUCCACCCAAGACCCUGUGAGCAGGUUUAAUCCACAUAAACAAGAUUUAGUUUCUCCAAGAAUGCAAAUGAAGUCAGCCCUUGGAAAAAAAUAAAAAGCAGCUGUGAUGCAAACCACCUUUUAAAUAUUAGCCUGAACGUCAGAGUAGGCAAAUGAUGUGAGACUGAGCUUGCUGCUCAGCCUGAGGAGAUUCAAAUACACAUUUUUGGGGCAUCUUAAUCAAUGGAUCUAACCACCCCUCUAUAUACAUAACUGAAAAAGAACACACUUUCAAGUAGAUCUGCAUGAAGUUGUGCCAUUGAGUAGGAUGGAAUUAAAAAUUCCUAAGACCAGAAAGAUCACAAGGAAAAACAUCUCUGCAACAGAUUGCAGAGUUCUUUUCCUUGAAGGUGGGUGGUGAGGUCUUCAGUUGUCAGCCAAGUUAGGAACUGAACAAAUACUGUCCUUUUUUUUUUUUGUUAAAUAUGCUAACUACAGCAUAUUAGAUAAAAAUAUGUGGGUUUACUACUAACACAAUUUUUGUGUUCAAUGAAAUACAUAUGUAGAACACGGACUACAGAAUAAAAGGACUAGCUCUGCUCAGUUCUGUGGGAAUUCUAGAAGUCUGUGUUCCUAACUACCAUGAAGCCUUGCUAGCUUUAGCUGUAGGAGAUCCUUACACUGUGGAGGAGUUUUCCAAUAUGUCUCUGUGCACAGCACAUCAUACCAUAGCCUUUUGGGCUGUCCAGUUUGCAAUUCUAAGGCUCUUAACUCUCCCUAUGCAGUGAAACAGGGUACCUAUUAAAUCAUGGGGAUGAACAACCAAAUGUCUCAGUUCGUUAUUGGAUCUGUUUUACAAACUACUUGGAAGCUGGUCUGUUAUUCUAUAAUGAUGUGAGCACUGGAAAAGAUGAGCAGUCAUAUCUGGAGCCUGUUUUUUACCCACACGUUCAGCUUCAACCACAUAGUGAGUCUGGGGUGGAGGUCACAGACAAAUAGAUUGUCAGGAUUGUUACAAGACAGAAAGAAACACACAGAAUAAAAAGAACCACAAUAAAACAACCAACCAAAAACAACCUAGUGUUUAUGUGCCAAAAACGCCACAUGGGAUGAAUUUAGGUCUGUGGGUCCAGGUGAGCAAUCCCUGUAAAAUCCUUGUUUACUUGUAGUGUGACUGAGAGUCCUGAAACAUCUCAUGUUCUCCCUACUGAAAUUUUUUAGGCAUGUGAAGUGCUUCUGCUCUGCUUUCCUGGGUUGGCAUCAUUUUUACUGUGCAGAACAUUUUGACACCUAAUCUUUAGCUUCACAGAAUAGGCAUAUGUUUCUCUUAAGAUCAAUAGCUAUGCUACACUCCUUCAAAAACAUGUCAAGCCACGGGAUGAUGUUCUCCAGUGCUUCUGACUUCCUAAUCUUUAUGCUUAUAUUCAGAGUGACCCAUCAGUAGUGGUGUCUGUUCUUUUAGUCCCUACCAGUGUCCUCCACUGAGUACACUGUUGUCACUUCACCCUGAAGUAACCCUCUGGCUGUGGAAGGUUCGCAUCAUGGCUUCCAUGAGCAGGUGUUCUUAUCACUGUGUCAUUAUAAAAAUUAUAUAUAUGUUUUUAUUUGUGGAAAGGUAUCAAGAAAAAUCAACAGAGUUCUGAAUAUCAUGAGCACACUGUUGGAAUGUGGGGACAUGCUGUUUCUCUGUUUUGCUGUUAAUGGUGAAAAGGCUCUGAGAGCAUGUGGGAGGGAAGAACUAGUUACUGACUGCCCUCACCAAGUCUUAUCGGAGACAAAUGAGAUAUACCAAAGCUUCUAUGCUUUGGAGACUUUCUUCUGUAGCACACUGUAUCAAAGUCACUGGAGAGAUCUCACAGAACAACAUGGAGAUCAUCUUAAUGUGCCAAGGCCAUGGAGUAUGUAAACUGGAGUUCCCAGGGCAGUCUCUGGUCUGUGCUCUGGUCUGAACCUCUGGAGGUUCAACAUCUAACCAGUGUCAUAUUGCUGGAAUUUUCUUUAAUACUUUCACAGUAGUUUUUCUUUAUCCCAUGUUGUUGGCAAUAGCUAGAAAAGCAAAUACUGUCUUCUUUGGCUAGUCAAGAUAUUACAUUGUUCUAAAGGUAGGGCUGGUGUGCUUUUCUGGAGGACAAGUUGAUCAGUUCCAUUACUAUGGGCAUAAUCAUUCUUCAGUGCCUUUCAGAAGACAGCAAUGACAUGGAUCCCAUACAUGGAUAGUGCUCUUGUCUUCCAGCAGCACUUGGUUUGUAGUUUAAACUUUUAUGUAUUAGGGCAAUUUGGCUCUGCACCAGCACUUUAAUGUUUCAUUUUCAUGUAUAACCAGAGUUUAUGGAAGGAAGAACUAAAUAUUCUGGUCUUGAGAAUAAGUCCAUCGAGGCUUUGGCUAAUUUUCCUCUCUUAAUAGCGUCAUUUGAGUUCAUAAAACUUUUAUUAUUGUAUUAAGGAGUCACAAAAUUAAGACUGCAAGUCUGUGAGGUAAAAUUCUUAUGUUUGGUAUCAGUGCUGUUGAAAUGAAAUAAUACUUGUCCAAAAAGUUAGGGUGAAUGUAUGAGACCUGCCUAUUUUUUCACUGAGUUAUUUUAAGGGGUAGAAAUAUUGUUUACUUACUGCGAUACCUGAAAAUCAGUAUUCUCUGCCACUGAAUUCUUCUAUGAUUUCUGACACUGCCUUAAGUUCUCUGUUGAUUGUGAAGUAUCUAGAAAAGUGACUAAACAGAUAUAUCAGUCUGGAGAAGUAAAUGAAAGAUACUUAUUUUCAGUCUUGACUUGCUGAUCAAUGCUUUUGUUAUAUUUUUGAAGAUUAUUUUUCUCUACAGUCCUGCUGUAAUGCAGUGAUAUUCAUUGCUGCAAUAACACAGCAGGCAGAAGGAAUGCAGCCAAAGUCAACUUAGUCCUUUGAAACUGAUGUCAAAGAGAUGCUAUUUUGUUAAGGAAUUGUCAUGUAUCCUCUUGGUUAAAUGCAUUUGUGAUUUUGCAAUAUGUGGUGUUAGCUGAGAUAAAAUCUGUCUCAGUGUUUAUUGAAACUGAUAUACUCAUGUAUUACGCCAGAUUCAGCAGUUCUGACUAACCAGCUCAUAUAUACAGCAUUAGCAAAUAUAAGCUGUCACUGACA